AUGCCGAAACUGUUGAUCACGAACUGCACCGUCGAGGACGCAACUGAGAUGGCUCAUAACAACAUACCAGCAUUCUGGCAGGACCAGAACUGGCGAUAUCCCUGGGUGAAUUUCGGACUGGAGAAUCUCAUCAAGGCCACCGUCGACCGGUACCCUCGCAACCAACUCCUCAAAAACCGCGAUACCCUGCGCCACUUCAAAGCUGUCGACCCCGAGACUGGGAAGCUCAUCGGCUAUAUCCGCUGGCAGCUGCCCGCGAACCGCUGCAAGAAUGAGGACGGCCACCCUGUGUGGCCAGAGGGUCAGGUCCCAGAUGUCAGCCCCGAGGACAGAGAGGCGUUUAACAAGAAGGCCGCGGCGGCGGAGUGGAAGCCGCAAGAUUUUGGUGAUGACGACCAUUUCGAUGACGUUUUUGCCCGGAGAAGGGAUGUGCUUGUGGCUGAGAGGGAAUACAUCAUCCUGGACUAUCUAGCAGUCCAUCCAGACAAUCAAGGCAAGGGUAUCGGGUCGGCUCUCGUCAAGCACGGUAUACAGAAGGCGCGAGAAUUGGGUAUCGACGUAUUCGUUCUGGCCUUUGCUAGUGGCUUCAAGGUCUACACAAACGCCGGCUUCGAUGUAUUAGAGACGUUUGACCAAGACGCUACAAAGGUUGGAGGGACUGAACACUAUAUCGUUAGACUCAUGGAGCUUCGAGUCAAGAAGGACUGA